AUGGCGAAGAGCACGAAGCGACCGCGCGAGUCGGCGCCCAAGAGCCGUGGCGGCAGCGACUUUGUGGUGGUGAACCCGUCCUUGCUGCGCGGAACAGAGGCGCCUGCGCCCAAGAAGGCCAAGAAGGACACCACCAAGAAAGAGUCAAAGCCCGAUGUGAAGAAGCCGAAGUCAAAGUCUACCGAGAGCAAACCCACCAAGGACGCGCCAAAGGCAAAGCCCAGUGGCGUGUAUCAUUGCGACGUCUGCGAUUUGGACGUGACGAUGGGCGCCAAGGCCAUGCAUGAGCAAGGCAAGAAGCACAAGCGGGCUCUGGUGUCGAGUGGCCCCGUCACGACGCCGUCUGACAACGCCGACGCGCCCGCCGAUGGAGCAAAGGUUGCUGCCGCGUCGUCUGCCAAGGUGGACGUGGCCAAGGUUGCUCCUGCGCCGACGUCGGUGCAGUAUGUGCACGCCUCCCGCCCCGAGGACUUUGUCGGGGCCGUGUACGCGCUCCUCGACAUGCAUAACCUGCGCCGUGCGCUUGUCGUUGUGCCCAACAAGGGCCACGCGCUCUUGCAGCCGCAGUUGGUCGCUGGAGCGCUCAAGCACCUUGGGUUUACGGCCCUCGCGGUCCACGCCAAGACGCCGGCCACGCAGCGCCAGCAGACGCUCGAGAAGUUCCGGUCGUCGUCGUCGAUAGUCCUUGUAGCCACCGAGCACUUGGCUAAAGGCCUUGCGUCACCAAGUGCCGUGUACGUCAACUGUACACCGAGCAAACCGAGUGGCGUUCUCUACGUUGUGCUGGAGAAGGACGCGGCACCAGCCAGCGACUGGGCGCCUGUCACGCCGUGGAACAAACUCGCGCUGCAAAAAGCGUCUUCGCGCGCCGCGAUGGCCAAGACCAUCCAUGAGCUCACCACCCAGGACGUCGACAAUGAAGCGCAAUGGAUCCAGAAGCUCGCGUCUGCGUCCGGGCUCGACGCCGACGAGAUGCCCAAGGCCAAACCGUCGGCCAACCGCCAAAAGCUGGCUGCAGUUGCUGAGAAACUCUUCCUCCACAUGGGCUAUCCGCUCACGUACUCGGGUCCUAUCGACGUCGCAGGCAUGAAGGCCAAGAUGACUGCUGUCGGGCUCCAUGUGCAGUCGGCAGCCACGGGCAUGUCGCUGCACGCAACCCGGCUCUCGGCGCAGACGCAGUGGCUCGACGCUGCGUCGGGCGGCGCCUUUGGCGGCGAGUGGGACGGGUCGGUGCGGCACGGCGCGUCGAAAGACAGCACGUCGCUCCAAGUCCGCGCCGAAUUUUGUGCCCAAAAGUCCACGUGGCAGCCCAACCCCAAGCCGGCCGACGCUGCCGAGUGGGGCGGACCCUACGGCAAACCCUGCGGCCACAACGAGGUACUGCAUUCCUAUGCCAUCCCGGAUGUCGAGCUGUAA